UUGACAUAUAACUUAAUGUUUGCAUGAGUUUCAUCCUGUUUUUGUGUACAUAACUAUAAGAAGCUGUAAUCAAUCUGCAGGAUUAACCGCUGGACUCAUCUGCUUUAAUCUUUUGAUUGAAAAAAAGGCUCUAAAAGCAGAAGAUAUUCAAUCCAUCGGCAUAUUAUCUGAUUUUCUGAUAGAAAAUGGCUACUGAAGAAAAUAAGGAUCUUAUUGAAAUCUUGGAAAAUUUGAAAUUAAUUGAUGUGGCUAAAUAUAUGAACUUUGUGAGUGCCCCACAAGCUGGUGCUAUAGCUACAUUUUCAGGCACAACUCGUGACACUUUUGACGGAAAAGCAGUCUUGGAGUUGAUAUAUGAAGCUUACAUUCCAAUGGCUAUACGUUGUAUUAAGUCUGUCUGUUCGUCCGCCCGAGAGUCCUGGAAUCUACAUUCCAUUGCUGUUGCUCAUCGGCUAGGCACAGUACCUGUUGGAGAAACGAGUAUCUUCACCGCAGUGUCGUCUGUUCACAGGGCUGAUGCACUCGAGGCAUGUAGAUAUUUGAUAGAUGAGGUAAAAGCAACCGUUCCUAUUUGGAAAAAGGAGGUUUAUUCAAAUGGAGAGAUAUGGAAAGAGAACACUGAAUUCUUGGAGAGGAGGUCCGAGCUUGGUAAAAAGGAUGUAGCUGUGGCUUGCUCGGGGAAAAAGUUAGAAAUUAAGGAGCAUAGCAAAAAGCUUUGCUGUGGGAAUAAGGUUCGGAUUGACGAAGGUAGCCAAGAUUAAUGUCAACUUUGGGCAUCAAAGAAAAUAUAAAAUUAGUUUGCAGAAUAUCUCUCUCCCCCAUUCCCUUUUCCCAAUCUCUAAAUAAGAUUGUAUUUAAGCUUUGAAAUCAAUAAACCUGCCCAUCUCUUAACACUAA